AUGGAGCUGCAUGUGCGCGCGUGUUCAGCACGCAACUUGCUGGACAAACAAACUUUUGGCAAGCAGGAUCCUUACUGUAAACUCACCUUACGCAAUAAGAGUGUUAGGACGAGAGUACACAACAAUGGACACAAAACGCCCGUGUGGAAUGAAGUGUUUGUUCUACCAGUUGUUGAUUCGCACCUUGAUGAGCUCGUGAUUGAAGUAAAAGACAAGAAUUUCACGUCGAGCACCUUUAUAGGCGACUGCUGUCUGCCCGUGAAUAUGUUCCUCAGUGGCAACGUCACAGACGAGUGGUACACGCUUUACAAUGGAUCCAAGCACGCGGGAGAGAUUAAUCUGCGUGUACAACUCAGAGGACCAGAUACGCAGCACACAGUGCCGGCACCUGUGGCUUCUACUGAAAGGGCAUCUCAGCACACCUCGGCUCAGGCCUAUCCGUAUCCGCAGCAGCCAAGCUACGCGGCCCCGCAGCAAUACCCAUCUCAGCCAUAUAACCAGCAGCACGCGAUGGCGGUUCCUGUGGCUUCUACUGAAAAGACACAUGAACACGGCUCGGCUCAGGCCUAUCCGUAUCCGCAGCAGCCAAGCUACGCAGCCCCGCAGCAAUACCCAUCUCAGCCAUAUAACCAGCAGCACGCGAUGGCGGUUCCUGUGGCUUCCACUGAAAAGACACAUGAACACGGCUCGGCUCAGGCCUAUCCGUAUUCGCAGCAGCCAAGCUACGCGGCCCCGCAGCAAUACCCAUCUCAGCCGUAUUACCAGCAGCAACCACCUCCUCCCCAGUAUUUACAGCCUCCACCGCCUCAAUAUGCACACCCAACCCCGCUACAGUACGGACAACAGCCGUACUAUCCGCCGCCUCCCUCAGCCAACCCAGCCUACGGCUACCCAGUUCCUCCUUCGGCCCCUGUGGCUUACGCAGCUGGGCCCCCGAUGAUGGUUGCACAGGAUGGACACCAUCAUCGACACGGAUCUUCGCAGCGACACGGAGGUGGCAGUGGCUUUGGUGGUGGAAUUCGUGGGGGUGGUAUGAGCACGGGUCAGAUGGCUAUGGGUGUCGGUGCCGGUCUUCUUGGUGGCAUGCUGCUGGGCGAAGCUCUGGAUGACGUGUUUGACUAA